UGUGUGUUCGUGUGUGUGCUUUUGUGCAUACCAGCGUUGAUGAAAUUACCGUAACCAUCUACAGCUGUGAAUGCAGGGAAAAAAUGUAUUCUUUCCUCUCAUACUCAGUUUGAAUGCACAGAAGCGUGCAUGCAAAAGCAAGCAUUUCAAACAGUGCAUGCAUUCAUUUAAUUCUAAUUUAUAAAUACAUAGAGAGAGGCUGCCAUAAAGAGGGUGACCGUGUUUGCUGGACAGUUUUUCACUUUCACAUUCAAUAUUACCCCUAAAGUCCAGUUCUUUAAAGACAAUUUACUAUAGUAUUGCACCUCCAUUAAAUUGGGGGACAGAUUUAACAAGAUUAAGAGUCUACAGCCAAGCUAGCAGCUCUGUGAGGCUGUAUUCAGAAACAGCAGUGCUUUGAGCUACAUGCUAAUGCUAGUGAGACAAUGCUAACAUGUUGAUUCUUAGGGGAGAAAAAAUGGAGGGGUCACAGAAGUCAUUGCAAUUCAUCCGGAGGUAGAUGAAUAUCUGUCCUAAAUUUGAUAGCAAUCAAUCGGGUAGAUUUCGAAAUAUACUGGAUAAGUGAAAACCUUUACCUGCCGUUGGCGCUAGAAGUAAAUUCAGGGGAUUACCAAAAUCAUUUAGACUCAGUGAAAUAUGAAUGUCAAAUUUUCAUGGCAAUCCAGUUAGCUGAUGAUAGUUACUGAGAUAUUUCAGUCUGGAUCAAACUGGUAGAUUGACUGACUGACCGUCAAACAUACCAACAUUGCUGUCUCUAAAGCCAUGCUGCUAGCGUGUCUAAAAAUGAAUGGUCAAAACUGAUGCUGCAGCGGUAGCAUGGCUCAAGCUCCAAAAACCCUGGAUCUUCCAUUUUCCAUAAUGCAGCCUGGAUUACAUAUCUCGCCAGCUGUCUCCAUGGCUCUCCUGUACUGUGCCGUGUUGGUGCUGCUGUGUGUUUUUGACUCUGCCUCAGCCACUGUUAUAGCUGACAUGGACUAUGGAGGUGUUCCUCUGUGGAUUAAUCGCCUGUUGGGUGAGCCCAGUGUGCUGAGCCUGCAGGGACGAAUGGACCCAGCCUGGUUCCGGGCCAACAACCCCCAGGCCUGCCCUCGACAGUGCGACUGCCCCAUCCAGUGGCCCACAGCGCUCUACUGUGACCACAGAGGCCCAGCAGACAUCCCUGACCACCUGCCAGACAGAACUCAAUACCUGUUUCUACAGGGCAACAACAUCUCGUCCCUGUCCUCCUCUUUUCUGGCCAACAUUACUGGUCUCCGCUGGCUCAUCCUGGACCACAACCAGCUGCAGACUGACACGCUGGACCAGGCCGCCCUGCAGAACCAGACCCAGCUGUGCUAUGUUUUUGCCAACCACAACCACCUGAGUUCAGUCCCCACCACACUACCAGCUGGACUCAAGCAGCUGCGACUGGCCCACAACCAAAUCAGCAGCAUCGGUCCUGGAGCUUUCCGGAACCUGCACAACCUGACGCUGCUGCUGCUGCAGGGAAACAGACUGCAAACCAUCACAGAGGGAGACCUCAAAGGUCUGGUCAGUCUGAACCUGUUGGACCUCAGUGGGAAUUUGUUCUCGUCCGUCCCCAGGCAUUUACCCCCUUCUGUCCAGCAGCUCUAUCUGUCCAAUAACACUCUCUCUGGGCUGGAUGAGGACAGUUUUGUGGGAUUUCUCAACCUUAAGUACCUUCGUCUAAGUCACUGUGGUCUGCAGAGCCGCAGCAUCCACCCGCAGGUGUUCAACUUCUCCAGUUUGGUGGAACUGGACAUGUCUUAUAACAAACUUACAACCAUUCCCACAGUCCCCACCACCCUGCAGUACCUCUACCUGGAGGCCAAUGAAAUACAAGGGUUCAACAUGACUAGUUUCUGCAGAGAGGUGGGACCUAUGGCCUACUCCAGGAUGAAGAUAUUACGACUGGACGGAAACAAGAUGUCCUACCAACAGCUGCCCCCUGACUGGGUCUUCUGUCUGCGAGUGCUUGAAAGUAUUUACAUCUGACUCCACCUUCUGAACAUGCAUAAAAAAUGGAAUUACUGUAUGUGACUGGCCAACCUCAUCUAGUGAUGCAAAGAAACAAAACGUGACUCAACGGUAUUUUGUUAGCCAACUUGUCAUUUGUGAAUUUAAACAACUCCGCCUGAAAGCUAGAAACCAGAGCAGAAGACUCUAAUUCAUUAUGUCUUCAAUAUGUAGAUACACUGCCAGGCACUGAAGGGAAAACUCACCUUCAAAAGAUGCCAACGCUUGAACUUGUACACUAAACCAGUGAUAUUUUAUCAUAAUGCCAAAAGUCCUGAUCAAAACAUUUCUCAUACCACCAGUGCGUUCCCAUGGGUUUCUCAUUCUCAUUCCAUCUUUUCCAAGUUCUGCCUCGGCAGGGUUGUACAUCUGUGUGUUAUUACCGAAUAGGAACUGUGACAAACCCUCUCAUUUCUGACUGAACACAAUAAUGUGCUCUGGUUAAACUGAGCUGUCUUAGGGCAAAGGGAAACAUGUAUGAAUGGCAAAAUUCAGUAGCUUUCCCAUGAGAGAAUCUGACUCAGUUAGCUGGACAUUGUUAAACAGCCACACCAGUCCACAUGUGGAGCACAUGGAAAAUGUUUUGAUCCAACUAUUGAAAAUGUUCAAAUACUCUAAACUUCUUUUUGAAAAAUAUUGUUACAUUAAACUUUGAUUUUAAAGCUGAUGUCCAUGAUCGUAAUGGUGACAUUUGGUUUGCACAAGCAACAGAAAAAUAAAAUGGACAUAAUAACAUAA